AUGGCGUCUGAUGGUGAAAUUUCAUGUACCACUGAUCCAAAUUUCGCUGUUAUUUACUCAUUUCUAAAAGUUUUUGGUAAACUGUACGGAUUAGAAAUACCUACGAUAGCUAAACUGCAAGAAUUGAUUGAAAAUACUCAAGAAGUGUUGGAUCCGUUAAAAGAGUUGCAUAUAAGGUUGUUACGGCGAGCGCUUAAGUCCAUUCAGGUUAAUCGUUGGGAGAGAGCCUUGAUAAAAUUCUGUCACCAACAAAGAUAUCAUCAGGAAGCUUGGGAAAUAGAGAGGUUUUCUUACAAGAAAGCUAGCACUCAGGUCAAAUUGCGAAUAUUGAAGUUACUCUUUGAAUACCAAUUCACUUGUCAUCCAAAGUUUAAAAAUGCGGUAAAUGCAAUAUCAAGUAAAGAUCUCAGACUUGAUCCUAUUGGUAGAGAUAAAAAUGGAUGUGUAUACUGGCUGCAGGUUGACCAUGAAGCUAACUUAUGUUUGUAUAAAGAAGAUCAGGAUGAGGAGACAUGGCAGUUAAUUGCAAGCAAUCGAGAAGAGUUUGUGAAAAUUAUUGGUCAGUUGAAAAGUGGUGAAGAAAUAUCUCAACCAAUAGGGAAUGAUGAUUCCAGCAGUGCCGAUAUUCCAACACAGAUAGAGGCUGAUAAAUCGGAAGCUGAAGAAGACAUUGAAGAAGAGUUCUUAAGUCCUGAAUCUGAGUCUGGAAAUGAAAGUGACGAUCACAAAGUUGAAGAAUGUGCAGCAGAGGAGGAGACAGAAACCAAAAAAGAUAAAGAAACAAAAGAAGAUAAACACAUAGCAGUAAAUGAUUUAAACAAUAAAGAAGUCAUUGAGAGUAGAAAAACAGAAAGUGAUUCUCAAGAAGAGACAUCAAAUAGCCCUGAGGAAAAUUUUAACAAUAAAGAUGAAAAAUAUGAGAAAGAUGAAGUUGGCGAAGAGAUAGAAGAACCUCUUAUGAUUAUUAAAGGGGAGGGUAAUGGAGUGGAUUGUGAAAGUUCCUACAUUAUUGGUGAAGAGAUAUCAGAACCUGUAAUGUUUAUUUAUGGAGAUGGUUGGGGAUAUGACAAUGACACUGGAAACCCUGAAGCAAUAGAACAAGCAAAUAAUACUGAAUUACAAGAAAAUUCAGAUGUAGAUAAUACUAGUGAGGAAUGUGUUAAUGGAGAUCAUACUAAUAAUGUAAAAAAAUGUAGUAAUAGAAUUAAAUUAAGUAAAAGUGUUAAAUUAAGAAAUAGGCUACCAUCAGUUACAAAAAGAUCUUUGCGGAAACAAUCCAGUGAUAAUAGUGAUGUUUUAAAGUCAGAUUCAAAAAAGCAUUGUGUGCGAAGCAUAGACAAAUCUAAUGGUUCCAAUUCAAAUGCAACAAGUAGUGAUAGGGAAUUGAGAAGACAUAACAACAGUGUACCCGACAAAAGUACUGAUUGUGAAAGUUCAAGUAAAGUUAAGGUUAAAAAAGGAAUAGUGAAAGUUAAAAAAAGAGAAAGCACAAGGAAACUAAGAAAAAGUAAAGAACUUGUAAACUCUUUUUCAGACACUGAAAGUCAUGGUAAUAGUAAAGCCAGUAUUAUAGAAAAAAGAAAAAGUAGCGUAUCAUCUGAACAUGAAGAGGUGGACAAUGUUGAAAAUGUUAAAGAUGAAAGUCCAGAUAAAGAAAUAAAGAUAGAGGAUACUUUACCUUCAAAAAAAAUACGCUUAGAACCCACAACAGAAUCUGAUGAUGUAUCACAUUCCAAAACUGUUGAUGUAGAUAAUAUCAAAGUUCAAAAUAUUGAAAAUAAAGAUGUUAAUACGGAAAAUGACAUAGAUUCUAUUUCAAAUAGAAAGAAAAUUAAAGCUGUUAAAGGUAAAUUAAAGGGUAAAAAGUUUUUGAGAAAUAAAAUACAAAAUAGUGAAGUAGAUAAAGAUAAUGAUAAAGUAGAAGUUAAUGAUAACAAAAGCAGCAAAGCAUUAAAGAGAAGUUUAUUAAACACCACAGUAAAUGACAAAAGUAAAUCUGAAUCUCAGAGUGAAAGUGAAGAAGAAGAGCCAAUGACAAGUGGAAAGCGGUUAAAAAUAAAACCAAAAAAAAUUAUAACCACAUCAAGAAAAAAAGUUGAAGCCAAACUAAUGGCGAAAUGUUCCAGUGAAUCGGAAGAGGAGACAUUGUACAGUUUAGGUAAAAAAGCUAACAAACGCGUGUUAAAGAAAAAGUCAAAAGAAAAAGAGAAACCAAAAUCUACUAAUACAAAUUCAGCAGAUAAUGAAACUCCCGUGCGUCAGUCUAGAAGAAUAGCACAAAUGAAAAUAAAAGAGGAAGCAGAGAGAAGGCAUUUGGAAGAGGUUGCAUUAAGGGAGCUCAAAAUGAUUCACAAAAAGAAAAACAAAGACGACGAAGAAGAAUGGCGUGCAAGUGGCAGCAGUUCUGAGGGUGAAUCCCGCUCCCGAAGGAAGACGGCCGCUUGGCGGGCUUCAGACUCCACUGGCCCAGAACCUGAUUCUGAAUCCGAUGAACCUCUCUUUGAACAUCCUGAAGAGCCCGAUUUGGAAUCUGCAAAAUCAGACCACGAGUUUUCACCAGAAUCUGAUUUGGAGGAUGGAGAACCAGCCGAGCCGCUAAAAUUAGCGCGUACUCUCCAAGAAGGAAAAGACGACGGCUUCUGUAAACGCUGUGGAAGCGGCGAGCAGCCAGAAUGGAUCCUGUUGUGUGAUAAAUGCGACGCGGGAUAUCAUGGCAGUUGCCUAAAGCCCAUGCUGCUGCUUGUGCCUGAAGGUGACUGGUACUGCCCGCCCUGCAACCAUGAAAAGCUUAUAUCAGCUCUUGAGGAAGAACUAGUAAAAUAUGAUCAACUUCUUGCCAAUGUAGAAGUAGAGCGAGAACGUAGCCGGAUUGAGCAGUUAACGAAGGCUGAUGAUGAACCUGUGUUAGAGGAUGGCCAAAAAUUAGAAGAGAAGUCAGACAAUAAGUUGGAUGAUAAAUCUGAUGAGCAAUCAGACGACAGUGGCAGUGGCAGCGGCAGCGGCAGCGGUGGCUGGUCGUCGGCGUGGUCGGGUGCCGUGUACCGGCUGCGCGCGCGCCGCCAGCUGCCCGUCAGCUACCGCGCGCAGGAGUAUGACCGCCUUAUCAGCUCCGCCAUCAAGGAAGAAUACGUGGAACCGACGACCAGCGCGGGUAACCAGGGUCGCGGUAAGGAUAUAUCCACCAUAAUAGAAGCCGCUGAGGAAGAGAAACUCAAGGCUGAAAGAGAGGCACGAGAGCAGGGUAAACCGGUUGAGGCGAAGAAACAUAAGAAGAAACAGCGACGUAAACCAAGAAAGCUCAAUUCUUUGGAUGUACCGUCUGAAGAUGAUGAUGAGACUGAUGAAGACUUUAAAGACACAGGCAUGGAAACGUCUUCUGAAGACAUAUCUUCAUCAGCAGAACGAGAAUCCAGGUCUUCCGACUCUUUGCCUAUUAGACGGAUAGGAAGAUCGGAUAAGAAAGAACGACAUAAAUUAGUAGAGUCGUCCCCGGAGGUUAAGAAAAAGAAGAAAGGGGUAUUCGAGGACAGUUCUGGUGAAUCUGCAGGCAUCAAGGAAAGGUCUAAAAAGCGCAGGUCGAAGUCGCGCAAGCGUCGCGACAAGCUGACGCAGUACGACGCGGCGGGUAACGUGGUGCGCGCGCGCGUGCUGUACGGCGGCCUCGACGAGUCCAACGACUACUCCAACGACUGGUCACCCAAGCACCGCACGCGCCAGCGCAAGAUCGACUACACCGAAAUGCCCAAUACGGAGUCCGAAGACGAGAUGCACAAGUCGAGUGGCAAGCACAUGGCGGACAGCUCGGACGAGUUCCGCGUGGACGAGUGGGACUCGUCAUCUGGCUCCGAGCGCGCCAAGCGGCGCCCUGACUCCGGCGAUGAGCGUCAGCGCGCGCUCACACACCUCAUCAGCAAGACUGCCGUGGUGCCGCUCGAGAAACUGCCCGAGAGCGUCACCAGGGAGAAGACCGAGCAGCUGCAAGUGCAUCUCAGUGAGUACAGUCCGCAGAGCGCUCUCCUCUAG